AUGGGCAUUUUCCUUGCUGUCACCGUCCUCGCCCAGUGUACCCCGGCCAAGUCGAUCUGGAACCCUGAGCUAGCCAACCAGAGGGUCUGUCAUCUUAGCCUGACUGUCGUUGCUAUCACGUACUGCUCCUAUGCUACUACGAUGGACUUUAUCCUAGCUGGCUUCCCAUGGAUUGCCCUCCACGGUCUCAACAUGAAGCCCAAAGAACGUCAUACCAUCUGCUUGUCGCUCAGUCUUGGGGUCUUCGCUAGUAUCUGUGGAAUCUUUAGAACAACCGGGUUGACAUCUCUGAGCAACUCACAAGAAUUAUCUCUGGGUCAAAGGACCUGCGUUUAUGCGCCCCCGAAGAUUCCGCUUAGGGAGCGAAGGGCGCAGCAGAAGGAGGCUCGUCCGUGGGAUCAAAUGCCUUGGGAGCUCGAGCAGACUCCAAAGCAGAUGGCUUGCUUGAAGAAGACGAAUGUUCCUCCUCGAUUAAGUUAUCUGAAUCAUGAUACAGGGUUUAAUAAGUUGGCUGUUGCCAUGCCGCUCAAAUCUCAUGAAUUGUUUCAAUACUUGUUUGAAUCGAGCCGGACACUAAAGGCGACACCAAAAACACCUGGUACAGAAUAUCUCGCGCGUAUGACAGAUAACCCAUGCGCACUCCGAAGUGCUAUCCUCAUGGCCGGAAUGCAUUUCUCCUUCCAAUUCGGCGACCUCGCUACAUUCGAGUCCACCUUCUUAUAUCAUAAAAUUGAGGUCAUGCGUGUCAUCAAUCGUUGGAUCGCAUCAGGAGACUAUAAACUUGAAGCUGCGAUUAUUAGAGAAAUGGCAACGUUGGCUUUCGCAGAGGUGAAGCGCCCUACUUUACCCUUUCCAGAAUCCUUGGCUCAUCGUGUUUACCAGGCCUGUCAUGGGGAGCUUGUUGCUGCCGAGACUCACAUCAGUGGCAUUCUGGCUCUGAUCGAAACUGCUCGACCUGAUAAAAGUGGUCCGACGCGUUCUGAUUGCUGUUCCACUGAUAGAGAACUGGCUAACCGUUACUUCGUCAUGUCGUAUGUCUACAUUACAGGCCUCAAGAGUUUACUCAGCGGCAUCUGCCGAACUGGUGGCCACGGUAGCAGUCUCGAUGCUGUACCGGGUCGAAAUCUUCUCAAGCUAUCACAUACAUGGCACAUGAGCGAAGCCAUGGAGAACCUCGGUUUCAAACUCCAAGCUAUUCGUCUGUUUCCAUUCUUCUUCAGCCCGUUGCCGCAAGGCGCAAGACUCAACAACGCAGACGGAAAAGUCAUCAUCAACUCUAUACGGGAUUUUACGGCAGCGCAGGAUCAUAUGUUUAAAGACACAGGAAUCGAAACAGCCGAUGGAAAGUUCGAAGGUUUCUGGCGGAGAGGUCCGGCAUCAAGGGUGUUAGGAGAAUACGUCACGGCGCAUAUUCAAUCUAUUUCCGUGCCGGGAAAGAAAGAGGAGAAUCAUGAUACGACCUCAUCAUCAUUCGUCGGACCAUGGUGCGGAUUGACUAUCGCCUCUAUCUUCUAUAUGCAAGAUGUUCUCGGGGCGCUGGAGUAUGUCGACAAACGCAUUCACAAAUACGGCGUUACAUUACUGCAACACGAUGUCGACAAAGUCCUUACCUCGAAGGAAAAACCAAAGAACGAGGCGUUUAUGCUGUGGCAGACGUUGGUAGGGCUUAUAGCCUCCUUGCGCGCUCUCAAAGACAAUGAGCAAGACAGAGGAUUGUUAUCAGCCAGACAGUUCUUUGAGAAGGCUUUGAAGCAGCAGGCAACCUCUUUGGGUAUCUCGACUUGGUCACAAGCAAAGGGGACGCUACGGAGGGUAGCAUGGCCAAUGGGGACUGCUAGUCGGGAAUUCAUAGAGGAGCUAUGGGAAAAGACUAUUAUUGGGUUACCUAGAGUUUAA